UCUCUCUUUCUACUUCGCGGGGAUGGGUGGUAGACAUGCAUAGAUAUUUACUAAACAUUUCAUACAUCGGCACGACGUUUCGUGGCAUUCAAAAGACGGUUAACAAAUUGGACCAACCGCGCCUGGACACAAACUCUGUGCAAGGGUGUCUGGAACUGGCUCUAAGAGUUUUCCGGCCCACCAACGAGAUUCAGACAGUGCUGUCCAGUCGCACAGACGCCGGUGUACAUGCCCUCCACUCAACCAUACAUGUGGAUUUGGAACGUUAUGAUGGUCAGCCCUAUGCGUUAACCACAUUAACUGGGGUACUUAACCGCACUCUUGGUAAACAGAGAUUACCUAUACGUGUGCUAAGCACUGAAUUGGUGCCGGAUACGUUCCAUUGUCGCUAUCACGCAAUAGGAAGAACCUAUCUAUACCGUUUUGCGGUGGCCCGCAAUUCACCCGUGGACGAUGGAAAGCUGAAGAAUAGAGGUUACGAAGCAUUUAUACCUGUCGAGGAGCUGGAUCGCUGCUACUUUUUGCAAGCCGCUUCCUUUGACAUUGAACGGGUGCGUUCGGCUGCACGACUUUUCCUUGGAAUCCAUGAUUUUCGCACCUUCAUGAGCGUUAGCCGUCAAAAGGGCCCCAGUCGUGAUCAUCCCAUGUUUACAGUGCGCAAAAUUGAUGAGAUUAACAUCCGUCCGGGUCAUUCACUUGCUCUAAACGCCCAUGCCAAAUUGGCCAACGAAACAUACGACCAUUGGGAGAUCGAAAUUAAGGCCAAGUCGUUUCUCUACAAGCAAGUACGAAGAAUUGUGGGCACACUGUUGGCCUUGGGCACCGGAAAGAUUGAUGAGAAGUGUAUCUAUCAAAUGCUUACAAUCCCGUCCAAGAACUCGUGGGAACCGCGUAUACUUUUAGCUCCAGCCUGUGGCCUUUAUUUGUGUCAAGUACAUUAUAGAGAUCGAGAUCCCCAACAGGAUCAGAGUUCUUAA